AUGUCCGAACCCAUUCCAGAAGCCAUCCCCACCUCUGCCGACCCUCGUUCGCACCGCCCGCUCAAACGCGCUCGUGGCGCCUACACUGCCAACCCCAACGCCCGCGCAAUCUCACAGCAGGCCCAUGAAGUGGAAUCUCUCUUCCUCGACCCUUCGCGCCCCGUCCAGCUCCCGCCCCCGUCGACCGCCGUCCAGAAAUCUCGACCCGCGCCUCCCGAAAUCGUCGCGAAUGUCCAGGGUUCCAGCGCCGGUGCGGGCUCCGGAGAGUUCCACGUCUACAAGGCGAGUCGACGGAGGGAGUACGAGAGACUGCGCGCCAUGGACGAAGAGGCCAAAAAGGAGGGGGAGGACGAGAGGUGGGAACGAGAAGAACGGGAAAGGAGGGAGAGAGACGAGGAGAAGACCAGACGGAAUCGAGAGCGCCGGAAUCGGAAGAAGGGGAAAAAGGACACAGACAAAAAGACAGACAACACUGUUAAUGGAACGAAGGAGCCCGUUGAGAAUGGGGAGACGCAAGGCGUGAAGAGAAAGGCUGGUGGGUUGCAGAUCCCACCAAAAGGGAGUCAGGAAGAGGAUCAAGGCUCCGACUUUGGUGUGGCGGAAGUGGUCAAAGAAACUGGCAUCACGAUCCAUGAUGAUGAUUAG